CGAGUAGUUCAGUUACGUUAAUCAGCUCGAACAGUGCGCACGCACAACGGAAGUCGUUCCCGCUUCUUGGAAGAAUACUCUGAGCUCUCACAGGUUAUACAGCUGAAGAAUUAUUGUGCCUGGUGUAACUUCUAGUGUAGAAUAAAAGUUUCGCAAGUGUUUUUGAAUUGGUUUAAUCGCCGCGCAAGGAAUUGCGAUCAUCUCCCCCUCUGUGAAACCGCAAACAGUGAUCACGUAACGCCCACCUCCUCAUAACGGCCGUGCGUUACGAUAGUUCAGAAGAGAGAAGAUCAAGUGUAACCCCCCCCAUCCCCACCCAGAACAAAAAAGAAAGAAAGAUCCCCCCAAAAUGAGCGUGGUGGCCAUGGAACGCAACAACGAUCUGUCGCUGACGGACGAGAAAAAGAUCGCCAACACGCCGGUCAUGGAGUUCUACCGCGGCAAGAACGUCCUGGUGACCGGCGGCACGGGCUUCAUCGGGCGGCUCCUGAUCGAGAAGUUGCUCAGAAUUAACGUCAAGCAGAUUAUUCUGCUGUCACGACCAAAAAAGGGAAAAACGGUUCAGCAACGAUGUGACGAACUGUUUGGCAGCGUCGUGUUCAUGAACCUCAAGAAGGACUACCCGGCGUUUAUUGAUCGUAUAAAAAUUUUAGACGCGGACCUACAACAUCCGGGCGUUGGUCUGUCAGACGAGUCGAUCGACUACAUUGUGAAAAAUACCCAAAUCGUGUUCCACGCGGCAUCCGACGUCCGCUUUGACCAGGCCCUGAAGAAGGCUAUCGAGGUGAACGUGCGGGGUACCCGGGACCUGCUGAGGAUUUGCGAGAAAAUCAUCAACCUCGAGCUGUUCAUCUACAUCUCCACGGCGUACUCCAACUGUCCGGAGGAGACCAUCAAGGAGGAGUUCUACCCGCCACCGUCGGACCCGGAGAAGAUGAUCCAGCUGGUGGAAGCCAUGGACGAGCACUUCGAGGACCACAUCAACAAAACCGUUAACGAGUUUAUCCAUCCCUGGCCGAAUACUUACGUGUACACCAAGGCGCUCACCGAAGAUGUGGUACGCCAGUUCGGUGAACUGCUCCCCAUCGCCGUUGUCCGACCGUCCAUUAUCAUCGCCACCAACGAGGAACCGAUCGAGGGUUGGACCGACAACAUCUACGGCCUGAACGGAGUUAUCGCCGGUAUUGCGUUGGGCAUCAUCCGGGUGAUGUAUCUGGACGACGUAAACAACGGCGACAUCAUCCCGGCGGACAUUGUCGUGAACGGAGUGCUGGCGGCCGGCUGGCAGACCUACGUUGAACGAUUUAUCUAUCAUCACCUCAGGAAACACGAACGUCCGGUGGAGGCCAAGAGUGGCAGCACCGACUCCAAGGGUGUGGUCCGACCUCGUACCAAAAUCUACAACUGCGUCACCGGAAACGACAACCCAAUCACGUAUCAAAAAAUUUACGACUACUCCAUCCAAGUUGGUAAACACUGUCCCCCGAAGCGGUCCCUGUGGGUGGUGUGUCACAACACGACCAAGAGCAAAUUCCUGUACGAGUACUACAAGUUCCUGUACCACCUAGUGCCCGCGUUCCUGAUCGACACUUAUCUGCGGGCGAUUCGACGAACACCGCGCAUCAUGGACCUGUACAGGAAGGUGCACAAGUUCGCCACCGUCAUCUCGUACUUUGCCAACGGCCGGUGGCACUUUGAGAAGGAAAACAUGCGGGCCCUGGUCAAAAAACUGUCCCCGGACGAUCAGGCCAUGUUCCCGUGUGAUAUCGCCAAGCUCAACUGGCGACUACUUCUGGACGUACAUCCACGGCCUGCGACGACACAUCGCCAACGAGCCGAUGGACAACCUGGAGGAGGCCAAGAAGCGGCACCGGCAGAUGCGCUUCGUGCACUACUUCAUCGUGGCCGCGUACUACUUCUUCUGGCUGGCACUGAUCUUCUACAUCUUCAAGUGGUUCCUGUUUUGAGGCCACCAUUGAGUAACAUUCUAGAGAGUAGAACUUUGUUGUGUAUAGGUUGUGUUUUCUUCAGACCCCACGCUGCUGUGUUUCCGCUUCCGCCGUGUGCUCAAAGAUUUUGUUUUUUCUCCGGUUUCCGUCGAUGGAAGCUGGAACGAAUGGAGCGGCCAAAAACUUGUACAUUAUUUUUUUUGUUACCCGUUAAGUUCCCUCUAGGUUUAAGCUACACAGGUGUAUUUAGUGAUAAAACGUGUGUGCAAUACCAGCCCCAAAAUGCACCUCGAUUAAACGACGAAUUCGUUGCUAACGCGGGCGCCGUAACGCGAUCCUCACCAGUCAGUACGAUGGAAACCGUUGAACCAGUUGUGCCUCUCGAUGUCGAGCUGCCGCCGCAGCUCCUCCUUGGCUCCGGAAAGGCGAGCCUGGACGAGUUCGAGCGGUACCGGUCCCCGCUGAAAGAUUUCUACCAUGGGAAAAUUGUGUUCCUGACUGGAGGUACUGGAUUUUUGGGGAAACUCUACGUGGAAAAAUUGAUACGGUGUGGCGUAUCAGAGAUACUACUCUUGUCGCGUGCUAAAAAGGGCAAAACUCCGUACGAGCGGUUGGCUUCGAUUCUGGGCUCGGAACCGAUCUUCACCACCUAUCACAGCAAUCCGGAACACUACCACGACAAGAUCAAGAUCAUUGACGGGGAUAUCAGCAAGAAUCAGCUAUCGAUUAGCAACGACGAUUUGUCGUAUGUAGUCAACAAUGCCAACAUUUUCUUCCACGCGGCUGCCGACGUGAGGUUCGACGAGUCACUCAAGGAAUCCGUUGAGACGAACGUGCGCGGCACGCUCGAGGUGCUGAAGAUCGCAGCUCAGGCCAAAGUGCUGGACGUGUUUGUGUACAUUUCAACGGCAUUUUCCAACUGUACUCGUAAUACCAUCGAGGAGAAGUUUUACAAGCCACAGGUUGAUCCGCACCUGCUGAUCAAACUGGUGGAGAUGGAACAGGACGAGGAAAGCUUCGAGGUGCUCAGUCGCAAAAUCAUCGAACCGUGGCCAAACACCUACGCGUUCACAAAGGCACUCGCAGAAGACCUUGUUCGGCAGUUUGCGGAUAAGGUCCCCGUCGCGGUCAUUCGGCCGUCAAUUGUAACAACAACUUCGAGCGAUCCCAUCCCCGGUUGGACGGAUAACCUGUACGGGUUCAACGGGGUAGUUAUUGGGGCUGCAACUGGAGCGCUGAGAAUUUUCCACAUUAACAACGACUUCCGGGCGGACAUCAUUCCAGCGGAUAUCGUCAUGAAUGCUACCCUAGCUAUUGGUUGGUACGCCAAGAACCAUCCAGAUGAGACCAACAUCAUUAAUUGCACCGCGGCGGACAAUCCCGUCACCUGGGGCAUGGUCCGAACCGAGCAGAUGAAAUGGAAGGGCAAAAUUCCAUUCUUGAAGUCGCUCUGGAUCCCAACGUACAACACCACCCGUUACUACGUACUCUCCGAAAUCCUCAAAAUAUUCUACCACCUGAUCCCGGCUGUCCUGUUUGACCUGGGACUUCGCUUCAACAGCCAAAAACCUCAGAUCGUGAAGCUAUACCGUAAGGUGCAUAAAUUCUCCGAAGUGCUUUGCUUUUUUACCAACAACGAGUGGGACUUCCGAAACGAGCAGUUCCACAAGGUACUGGCCCAGAUGAGCGAAGAAGACCAACGGUACUUCCCGUGCGAUGCCAAACGAAUCGAUUGGAAGGAUUUUCUGGCGCACAACGUCAUAGGUCUGCGGAUGUAUCUCAUGAAGGAAAAAUGGGACAACCUGGAGCAGGCACGGGCACGAUAUCGGAAACAAUGGAUGGCCCACAUGGUGUUUUUGGCCAUUUUCUACGCCGUCAUGGGAUUUUUGCUGUACAAACUAUUCUUAGAAGCUGGACUGAAGGAAAUUUCGGGAAGUUGGUUCGUGUAACAAUUAAAGUUUGCUGAAUUUUUAAAUUUUAU